AUGGAGAAGUGGCUGCACGAAAAAAGCAUUAUGUUCAUCUCUAACAUGCUCAAACCCGAAUUAUAUGAGUUGAUCAAUGUAAAUAAAAAGCAUCAUAUUAGAUAUAAAUUUGAUGAGGUUCUGCUUGAAAAUGGACAUAACGUUUUUCGUCUUCCACUCUACCCUCCGGAUUUGAAUUCCAUUGAACUCAUUUGGGCUACUGAUAAAAAAAACGUGUCCCAAAAGAAUUUAACUUCCAAGUUGGAAGACAUGAGGAAACUGGCGGAGCACGAGUUUGAUCAAAUCACUUCCGAGGAAUGGCAAAAGUGUUGUCGACAUAUAGUAGAUAUAGAGCGGAAAUAUUGGGGAAAUGAAACAUUCACAGACAUUCAAACGGAGGCAAAUCCAGUGAUUAUAAAUUCAAAUGACGAUAGCAGCACAAGCAGCAGCAGUGAAGAUGAAGAAAAUUUGUAUUCAGAUAGCGACUGA